AUGGCAGUACACCUUUCAUGGAUUCUUUCAGCACUAGUUUUAAUAUUAUUUGUGCCUAAUAGUUCCGGCCAAAUCAUUGUUAGAACAGAUAAAGGUCUCAUUAGAGGAAACUCAGAGAUAAUUGAUGGAACAACAGUUCAUUCCUAUUUGGGCAUUCCUUACGUUCAACCUCCAAUCGGCCCAUUACGCUUUAUGCCACCGAAAGCUUUAACAUCCGCUUGGUCUGGCGUUUUAAACGCAAGCCGAUAUAAAAGUUCUUGCCCUCAACGCCUAAGUGUUAAUUUGAAUGAAGAUUGCUUACAUGUUAACGUUUUCACUACAAGACCAGUCGUUACUGCUAAUAUGUCCGUUCUGGUAUGGAUUCAUGGAGGCGGUUUCAUUAGUGGUAGUGGAUCUUUUUGGAAGAUGCAAACACUAGCAGCUAAAGAAGGUAUCGUUAUUGUCUCCAUGAACUACAGAUUGGGUGCCUUGGGUUUCCUGACAUCUGGUGAAGAUAAUCCCGGUAAUGAUGCUAUUCAACCUAAUUUAGGAAUACUCGACCAACAAAUGGCUUUAAGGUGGGUACAAGACAAUAUUGAAAACUUUGGCGGUAAUAAAGAAGCGGUUACUGUUGCUGGGUUCUCAGCUGGUUCAUUCUCCGUAGGAAUUCACUCAAUAAUGCCUAGUAGCUACGAUCUAUAUCGUUAUACUAUUAUGCAAAGUGGAGCCAUGCUCGAUGGCUUUAUCUAUAAUUCCAUGGCAGAAGCUCGUCAAGCUUUCCUGAAGUUUGGCAAACAAGCAGGAUGUAAUGGCACUACUAUUGCUGCUGUGACUCAGUGUGUACGUAGUUUAAGUGUGGCAGCAAUUUUAAAAGCAUCCGCUUCAUUAUUGUUAACGAAUGGCGGAUUUUUUGGUAUUACCGUAGACGGUAAAUUAAUUGCAGAGAAUCCUAGAAAAGCUUGGGCAGCAGGUCGAUUUAAGAAAGCCAAUCUACUAAUAGGAACUUCAGCUCAAGAUGGCUACUCACUCAUACCUUCUUAUGUAAAUAGACCAGUGUUUGUAGGCCUUAUAAAAGCCUCGCUUACUGGAGUAUAUAAUGAUUUAGGACAAGAUGUUACUAUCAACCGAUACACAAAUUACAAAGAAAACAUCAAUUCUCUAACAAGUAAUUGGCUCAUGUUAGCGGAAUUAACUACUGAUUCACUCUUCCUUGCACCCGCUGAUUUCGUUGCCGGACAUCAUUCUGCUUAUUCACCUACUUAUACCUAUGUUUUCUCUCAUCGAACAAAUCAAUCAGCCUAUUUUAAACCUAAGAAUGGUGCGACUCAUGGCGUAGAACUACCCUACAUCUUUGGCUAUCCAGUCAAUAAGCCUUUCGGCUUUUUAUCAAAUUUUAGUUCUGCAGAAAUUGAUUUGAGUAAAGAUAUGAUGGCUAUGUGGGGAAAUUUUAUACGCACUGGGUAA